CAGUUUCUGGGGCCAAACAAACUGCCGCAGCUGCCAGAGUUCAUCGAGAAGUUAGAGAUGGACGAGGGCGUGGCCACGGGAGGGGAGCUGCUGGCGGCGGUGCAGGCGCGGCUAGCGCGACGCUCCCUGCCGCGCAUCACAGACGAGGGACUCCUGGAGUACGCGGUCAACCCGCACGCCCCUCGCAAGGCCACCGCACCCGCCCCAAAAGGCGCAGACGUUGACUGGAUCCUUGCCGGCCAAGGGGGUCUAUCCUUGGGUUCAGUGAGCGGCCCCGGCGUCGCUCAGACCUCGGGGUCUGGUGGUCUACUCUCUCACAGCUUCUCCGGUCCUAUAGCGCUCUCCGCCAGCUUCUCUGGCACUGGGGGACUUGCCAGAGCUCUGUCCCCCGUGGACUUUCGUGACGGAUCGUUGGGCAGGUUUUCCCCGCAUGCCAGGUCCAAUCAGUUAGAGGAAGGACUGCAGAGGAAUAAAUCGCUGUCUGACGCCACGCUUAACCUCUCUCCAAUUGUUGACGAGCGCACCGGCCUCACCCUCUGGUCCGCCGAACCCAUCGACCUCAGCCGCACGUCGUCGUCCGAACUCGGCUACCGGGGCGUGUAUCUCGGCAAGCUCCCUCCCGCAGCGCCCGUCAGGCGCACCAGCAGUCUUGAUAAAGGAUUCGCGCUUCUGCCAAACAAGUAUAGCGCAGGAGAGAGCAGGAGCAGCAUUGUCAACAACAGUUCACCCCAGCAGCACAGGAAAAGUACAGCGUUACAACCGAUGGAACAAGGACCGUCACAGACGAAAAUUCCUCCGCUUUCGACUCAACGCCUCGCGACGAGCAGCGCAGUCACCCCUCCCUCGUCAUCCAAAGAAAACGGUUCCAAGAUAUACGAAGAAAACGAAGUCUUAGUGGAUGAAUUCGACGACAAUUUUAGCCCAAACGAUUAUAAACUAAGAAUUGCUGAAGAGAAAUGGCACAGUGAAGCUUCCAGCGCAAGCUUUGAAAAUGUGGAGCGCCUGAGGAAAGCAGCGCUUGUGUCGGAGGACCGGGGUAGAGCAGUCGCCGUCCAGGGCUCCCAGCACGACACACUAACAGCCCAGCCAGGGAGAAGCUCGUACGACUUCUCGAGCCUGCGUCAGGGCAGCUCUCCGUCGACGCACUCCCUGCCCAGCAGCCAUGUUCGAGGCGUCUUACACGGUCCAGGCACGAACCAAUUCUACAACAAUGACAGUGAGAACGAGUACGAGGAGUCCCGGCAGUUGCCGCUGUCGUACAACACCCUGACGCGCCUCAACCUCCUCAAGAAGAAGGAGGAGACCAUGCGCAGCAUCGAGCGACGUCUAGCAGCAGCGCGUGCUGCUGGAGAGCUCGACGACAUCCCCACCCUCGAAGACCUGAAGGGCGGCCAGCUCUCGGACACCCUGCGCUUCAGCAGGAUGUCUGUCAAGCGCCCGUCCAGGCCGGUGGACCUGGAGUACCCGAGAGUCAAGACAGGGUCCAGGGAGACGAGGGUGGCCAAGGAGAUGCGGGAACGCAAGUUCCGGGAGCUGCAGAUGCAGUUCGGCAAGACGGACGGCGCAGUUGACGAGCCGCCGCUCCCCAAUUACCUGCCGGAGAACGCGCAGUCGCGUAAGAACAGCUUCGUAGGAAGCUCCCUGCAGCCGCCCAGCAAACCUGCCACAGCACUUUCCAGUCCCAGAAAAAUAUCAUCCAACACUAACCUAAAGCCUAAUACUAGACCCACAACUAGGAGUGGGUCGUCCAAACCUAGUCCUAAUCCAACGCCUAGAUUAAGUCCAAGACCCAGUCCUAGUCCCAGACCAAGUCCUAGACCCAGUCCUAGACCAAGCCCUAGACCAAGUCCGCGUUCCAGUCCUGUUCCGCCGAAACUCUUGACUUCAGACCCCGUCCUAACUGGCGCCAAAGACCGGGUAUCAAGGAUACCGAAGAGCAAGAGCCACGACAGGGGAUUAUCGAAGCAGGCGAGCGGGGGAGGCCAAGCCACCCCACGCAGGCCUCAGUCCUUGGACCGAAGCAGGAUCAAAGGAGGCCUGAAACUGGGACAGACUCGUGGAGGAGGCAACCGCUCAGGCCUGGGCUCGUCGCUGAGCACCGGCACCACCGCGUCAGCGCCGGCCUCAAACCAAAGCGAGCUGGACGGGCAAAUGUCGCGGCUGGAGACGGCGUGCGUGCGCACCAACAAGACCUUAUCCACGACCUUCUCUCGCGACAUGAAGCCCUUCGCCAACCCCGUCACGGCGCUGCAGCAGACCAAAGAACAGCUCGCUGCCACAGAGUGGGAAGAUCAGCUUGAAGGCACCCAGGGCGUGGCGCGGCUGGCAGUAUUCCACCCUGAGGUGCUCGGCAACUCCCUGCACGAGAUCGUCCUCGCUCUCAUCAAGCAGGGCAGGAACUUGCGCUCGCAAGUGUGUCGUUGUGCCAUACAGAGCAUCAUGCACCUCUUCGACAACGUCAAGCGCGGCAUGGAGGCUGACUUGGACAAGAUCACAAAUUUAUUGCUGAACAAAGCUCUGGAUACGAACAAAUUCUUAAAGGAUGACUCGAACAACGCUCUGGAUGCCCUCGUCGAGGCCAUGCCCCACAACAAGGCCAUCCCUGUCCUCAUACAGGAGGGCCUCAACCACCGCAACCCCCUGGCGAGGACGACACUGGCUCGCCUGCUGGCGUACAGCGUCGAGCGCCUGGGCGCCGCUAAAGCCCUCACGUCGCAGAAGGACAUCGUAGACAAACUCCUCUUUGCCGGCGCCAAGCUGGCGCAGGAGGGCAGCCUGGAGACCAGGAAAUGGGCCAAGUUACUAUUCCAGCGACUGGCCGUGCAUCCUGCUUUUCCUGAAGCCCUGAAGCGAGCUGUCCAACCCUCGGAACUUAUCCACAUCAGAAAAUUCCUGGAUAAUCUUUAUUCAUAAGUACACUGGUCCCGACCCCACCGCGGUCUCCGUUGAUGGAAAAUUUGUGAAAACUUGUUCCAGUUUCUCGAAACGCGUGAUCGAACCUAUCAUUCGUAGCGUUGAGAACUGUAAAGUGGUGAAUGGCUGAUGCAGGUCUACUUUUAGCACUGCAAGAUGUUCAUCGCUGAUUCUGGACUUCUUGAAUCUGUAGGAUGACAAAUGGAUGAUGCAGGUUUCCUCAAAACUGGUGCAUGGUUUAUAUGACUGAUGCUGACUUCGUUUACACUUUAGAAUAUUUUAUGGCUGAUGUAGGUGUCCUUAGAAUUAUAGGAUUUUUAUAUCUGACGCUGGUCAGAGAGAAUACAAUAACCAUUGGCUUUUGUUGAACAGGGUGAUUUACUGUCAAUUUAGGUUUGUUUCUGGCCGAUGACAGCCAUCUUUAAAUUAUUUAUAAAGGUGUUUUAGAUUUUGAUGACUAUUUAGACUGCAUAGGAUGGUUUAAGACGGUGCAGGUCUGUAUUGUACUGUGCAGAGUGAUACAUAGCUGGUUCAGGCCUGUUUUGCUCUGUGUGGGGUGAUACAUGGCUGGUAAAGGUGUGGUUUGAACUGCGUUGAGUAAUUAAACUGAUGGCUCGCAAGAUCAGGAUUUUUAUCUUCUAAGAAGAAUUUCCAAGAUGUUCGUAAAUCUUGAAGAUGUAAUGCAUCUUCUUAGUAUUUUUAUAACUGUACUAAUAUAGCUGCAUACUAUUACUUAUAGAUAUCUCUAAUACGUCAGUACCACACACAUAGCUUAAUGAUCGUUUCCAUGAUCCGAAUCUACAAUUGAAGUUCAUUGAGAAUUCUAAAGGAUGGUUAUUCAGCAAAAUUUUGGAACAUUAAAGCCUCACGCUGGAAGACAUUUGACUUACUUAUUCAACAAUUCGUUGAGGUUUAUUAUGAUGGUUUUCAUCGGGACGCAAAAGACAAUCCUUCGUAAAAAGAUGCUUCUCAUAGAUCAGAAACUACUCAGAAUCUGCACUCAACGUUCGCAAGAAAGCAAUCAAUGUUCUGCAUAGCCCGUAGAAAAGAGCGUGGAAGAUUUUACAUGGCUAAAAUAUUCUGAACAAAAAUACCGACCACAAAGCAUCAACGAUUCCUGAUCAAGACACAAGCCGGUAGGUUUUUCUACUCGUGGGUUGAUACGAUUUUGAAGAUGGAAUCCUUAGGAUGUACCGGCGCCGCUUUGAAUCAAAGUAUUCUAAGUACCCAUAUCUUGAGUAUUUAUACUGCAAUUAGAACGUAAAUAAAAAUUACAGAAAGAAUCUCGUUCCAAAUUCUUUAAUAAAUUCUCAUCGAUGCUAUACUUUAAUUAGUUUCUGUUCUUUAACUUUAUUUGCCGAAGCAUGGAAAUGAAUUUAAACUCUACGCACCAUCUCCAUAUUAGAGCAAACUGUGGCGGUGAGAGCCUUCAUAUUUGAUACGUUGCCAGAAACUGACAUUUAAAGAUAUUUUCAUGGUUUCUGAGUACAUUAAGGGCUCUAUAGGAUUCUAGAAUCCUGUAGAGGGGGAUCUAGAAUCCUAAAUAUUCUGUGGGUUCUAAGGGUGUUGAGGUUUCUAAGCUUAGAUUGAGGUUCUCAAGAGUGCUUGAGGUUCGAAGGGUUCUAGGGGUUGUUAGACUAGGGGUUGCUUAGACGUGUAGGGUUGGACUUAUGUCAUAUAACAACACGAUUAAAUAAGACACCUACGACAGUUUGAGUUAGGUGAUUGAUCAUUGUUAUCCUAUAAUAUUAGAUGUUAUUGAGAGAUAAUUUAAAUAUUAUUACGGGAGUUUAAGGGUUAUCUAAGCAAAAUGUUUAAUAUAUUAUCGUAUAUGAAACCCAUUUUGGAUACACUAUCAAGCACUUUGCAGAAUUCAUAUUGAUAUGUUGCCAUUCUUCGCAUGUAACCCUUGUCAAUCUGCAGAAUUUUACAACACUAUAAUGGUACCAAACUUAUGUCAGUGUUGCUAUGCAACCGAGAAGGGUUAAAGAGCUUCUAAUAUGAAUGAAGUCUGAUAAUGACCGUCAAUUUUGGUCGCCGAAAAUCAUCUAACAUUUGUUCGGUACUGUUGCUCCAGAGUCGCUGUCGCGUCGGGUCGAGCUAAGCCCCGACGUUGCAAGAGGUCUCCAUACAGAGGCUAAAAUUUCCGGUGGUAAUUUGCUCCAUGGGUUGGAUCAUCCUUUUGGACACAAUGGAGAGUUUUAUAUUAGUCAUAUAUAUCAAGCAUUGAAGAUUUUUCUGCAGUGAUGUUUUAUCAAAAAUAUACAUGCACCCACCAUUGCAUGUAAGUGGGUGACGUGAUGGAAAACUUAGAGAACCGCAGGUUUGUGUGACGCUAGGCUAUGUUGUUUCGUGGUGGCCUUAUCUACAUUGGGGAAAAUGGCGUCAUGUGUAGAAACGAGGUUUAUGAAUUAGUUGUGCGAGCAAUUGUUGGUGUAUGUUAGACUUCAUAAUUACUCCGGGGAUUAAAUAAAAAUGUCCGAUUAUCGCUCUGAAAAGAGGCCUCUGUAUUGUCUAAAAUGAACGUUUAAGUUGGCGGGACUGCAACAACUCGAAUUAAGUAAGUUGUUAAGAACUGCACGAUGUUAAUGAUUAUGAGGAAUAUCAUUAGUCUAGGUUAGAACCUCUGUGAUCUCUAGCUAUGCCAGCAAAUCAAUAUCGUGCAAACGUAUUAAAUUGAAAUUAUUUAUGCAACUAAGAAUUGCCAGGUUCACGUCCCCAUUGACUGUAUAGAUGAACGUAGAUACUAUAUAUAAAUGUAGACUCUUAAGGAGCUAUGGUGCAGAAAUAUCUAAGAUUUGUACAGUGCUAUUGCCAGGCUGGGAAGGACUCUUUGAGUUCAUGUCGAGUCGAAACUACCGAUGAACUUGCUGUGUAAGGGCCAUCGAAGCGCCUUCCUCGGAGAUUAAAUGUUCUCUGAUAUUUGAUAUACUAAAUUGCUGUACAAGCAAAAAGCUAUCGCAGCAAACGGCCCUAAAAACUUCCUUUUUGUGUCGUGGAAUUUUAUAUUAGUUCCAUGAUGAGUAAUUUUGAGUCUAUACGUGUUGUUUCUAUGCUUCGUCCCGUCCAUUGUUGCGCGAGCCGACUUUUGUGAGUAAUAAAGAGAUGGUUUACUA